AUGUCCAUUCUCUCUGUUCAUGCUGGAAGAUCUCAUCGGAGGUCAAGCUCUGAGAACUGGGUCGAUCCAUCACCUGAAAAGGGCAGUUUGAAACUAUCACACAUUGAUGGUCUCUUACAUUUCCGUUGGACAUCUCGUACCGGAAAUCGAGUAGAAGAUGAAUUGAUCAUCUUCCCUGGUGAAGCGGAAUUCAAGAAAGCUCCUCAGGAUCCUACCGGUCGUACUCAUGUACUCCAAUUCCUGAGCUCGGAUCAGAAGUAUUUUUAUUGGUUUCAAGGCAGGGAUAAAUCAGCUUUUCCACGUGCGGCUUCGAAUAUCCAUAGCAUCAUACAGGAUCCAUCGUUUGUUCCUGAACCCGCGCCAACGACUGCGGGCAACGUUGGGACAUCCACAGCGACCUCCGGCCCGGUUGCUUCUGCAAACGAUCCUGCCACGAGUGGUGGAACGUCUGCUACACAAGCUCCCACGAUAGCUGCGGCUUCGAGUUCCGAGCAACAAGCAGGAGACGCAUCCCUCAAUGACAUACUCAAUCCUGACUCUGUCCGUAAACUUCUCAACGAAAAACCAGCCCUGUUAUCCACUCUCAUACCUCUUUUGCCCUCCGGCGCUCUCCCCAGCAAUCCCACCACAGAAGACUUCAUCACGGCCAUCUCCAGACCCGUUUUCGUAGACGCUAUCAGAAGCCUUGAGAACGCUCUGCGACAAGGCGGUCUGCCAGGGACGAUGAUGCGCGAGUUUGGACUUCCGGCGAUUGCCGGAUUGGGUGUGGGAGAGUUUCUGAACGCUUUGAUCGAUCUGGGCAAAUCGUCAAACGGGACGAGAGAUGAUUCUAUGGAAACUGAUUGA